AUGAGAGGCCUCUCGUGUUUCUUCGUGGCGACCCUGAUGAUGGUGGCGGUCAAGGCCAAGUCCAUAGAAGAGCAGGGUCCAAGGUCGUCGAGCAGUGGCCUCUUCGGGGACCUCCGACAGGUCUACCAGAUGUACAAGGAGUGCUCGACCUCCGACCUCGGCUUCUGUCUGAAGCUAAAGCUGCUGUCGACGAUGGACAGGGUGUCGAGGAGCGCCCAGGUCUCGGUAGCCGAUGGAGUGACCUUGAUCAACGAAAGUCCGGUACCGCAAGUCCAGGAAGCUCCAAGAUCCGAGGAGGAGAUAGAAGCGACCUUACCCAGGGCCCUCGAGGAUCGAGAAAACGCCCUGAACUCGAUGAUCUUCGACAAGAUCGUCAGCUUCUUCCAGAGCCACACCCUGAAGCUGAAGCUCCCGAACGUCGAAGAGCUCCAGCGCAGUCUCACCGAAGAAGGUCGCAAGAAGAAGAAAAAUAUGGGCGGCCUCAUCGCCAUUCCUCUGCUGAUCGGUGGUACUUUGGUGCCGUUGGCGUUGGGAGCUUUAGCUCUGCUCGCCGGAAAAGCGUUGAUCGUCAGCAAACUCGCCUUGGUGCUAGCUGCCAUAAUCGGUCUGAAGAAGUUGGUAUCCGGAGGCGACACUCACGGUGGCCACGAGGUGGUCCAGGUCGGCGGAGGACAUGGACCCAGUGGGUGGAGCAGGUCGAGCCACGACCUGGCCUACUCGGCAUACAAACCUGCGAACUAAACCACCUUCUUCGGGAUCAUCGAGGUCUCUUCAUCCCUCUUUCUCCCUUCGUCUCCCAUUAAGGAGGAGUCUUUUUCCAUUUUCUUCGGCACCUUCGCCCUGUCUCUCUUCGUCAUC